UUACAGUUUUGUAAUGGUGGAGAUCUAUCGGAUUACUUACAAGAUAAAGGGACGCUCAGUGAAGAAACCAUUAGAACAUUCCUUAAGCAAAUAGCAUCUGCCAUGAGGAUUCUCCACUCGAAAGGCAUCAUUCAUAGAGAUUUGAAACCACAAAACCUAUUACUGUGUUAUAAUGUCAAAAACCCUACCCCAUCUGACAUUAAAAUUAAAAUAGCGGACUUUGGCUUUGCAAGGAUUUUACCGGAGAACACGAUGGCUGCAACAAUAUGUGGCUCUCCCCUCUACAUGGCUCCGGAAGUCUUUAAUAAUGGCAGCUAUGACAGUAAAGCAGAUUUAUGGAGUAUUGGUGCCAUUGUAUAUCAAUGUUUAACUGGAAAAGCACCAUUUACAGCAUCGAAUCCACAGAAAUUGAGAAAUUUUUAUGUUAAUAGUACCGAAUUAAUACCAAACAUUCCAAACUAUGCAUCUAAAGAAAUUUCUGAUUUGAUUUUAAAAUUAUUGAAGAAGAAUCCUCGUGAGCGAAUGUCUUAUGGUAAAUAUAGCCGUAACUUGUAA